AUGCAAAUUUUCGUCAAAACUUUGACAGGAAAAACCAUUACUUUGGAAGUUGAGCCAAGCGAUACUAUCGAAAAUGUCAAAUCCAAGAUCCAGGAUAAGGAAGGAAUUCCACCAGAUCAACAACGUUUGAUUUUCGCUGGUAAACAGUUAGAAGAUGGCCGUACUUUGAGCGACUACAACAUCCAGAAAGAGUCGACUUUACAUCUUGUCUUGCGUCUCCGUGGCGGCAUGCAAAUUUUUGUCAAGACUUUAACUGGCAAAACGAUUACCUUAGAAGUGGAACCCAGUGACACCAUUGAAAACGUCAAAUCCAAAAUUCAAGACAAAGAAGGUAUUCCACCCGAUCAGCAACGUUUAAUUUUCGCUGGCAAACAGCUAGAAGAUGGUCGCACUCUGAGCGAUUACAACAUCCAGAAAGAAUCGACACUUCAUUUGGUUUUGCGCUUACGUGGUGGUAUGCAGAUUUUCGUCAAAACUUUAACUGGAAAAACCAUCACUUUGGAAGUGGAACCAAGUGAUACCAUUGAAAACGUGAAGUCAAAGAUUCAAGACAAAGAAGGCAUUCCUCCAGAUCAACAGCGACUUAUAUUCGCUGGCAAACAAUUGGAAGACGGCCGUACAUUAAGCGAUUACAAUAUCCAAAAAGAAUCCACACUCCACUUGGUAUUGCGUCUUCGUGGUGGUAUGCAGAUAUUUGUCAAGACUUUAACGGGAAAAACCAUUACCUUAGAAGUCGAACCAAGUGAUACUAUCGAAAAUGUCAAAUCCAAAAUUCAAGACAAAGAAGGUAUCCCACCAGAUCAGCAACGUCUUAUUUUCGCUGGUAAGCAAUUGGAAGAUGGCCGCACGCUAAGCGACUAUAACAUCCAAAAAGAAUCCACUCUUCAUUUAGUGCUUCGUCUUCGUGGUGGGAUGCAGAUUUUCGUCAAGACACUCACUGGUAAAACAAUUACCUUGGAAGUCGAACCAAGUGAUACUAUCGAAAAUGUCAAAUCAAAAAUUCAAGACAAAGAAGGUAUCCCACCAGAUCAGCAACGUCUGAUUUUCGCUGGUAAGCAAUUAGAAGAUGGCCGCACACUAAGCGACUAUAACAUCCAAAAAGAAUCCACACUUCAUUUAGUGCUACGUCUUCGUGGUGGUAUGCAGAUUUUCGUCAAGACACUCACUGGUAAAACAAUUACCUUGGAAGUCGAACCAAGUGAUACUAUCGAAAAUGUCAAAUCCAAAAUUCAAGAUAAGGAAGGUAUUCCACCAGAUCAGCAACGUCUCAUCUUCGCUGGUAAGCAGUUGGAAGAUGGUCGCACGCUAAGCGACUACAACAUCCAAAAGGAAUCUACACUUCACUUGGUACUGCGUCUUCGUGGUGGUAAUUAAUAAGAAAACCAAUUGUUAAUUUUCCUUUCUAAUAUACGCUGUCAUCGAGAGUCUGUUCAAAAUAAUUACUGCUAAUGCUAGUUAUUAUGAGAAAUUCAAUUUUCCUGUAAUUGUAAUGAAAUAUUGAGCUUGAUAAUACAACAAAAUAAAAUUUGUUCAACC